AUGCCUCCUCAUUCUGUGUUCGAAUGGGUUGUUGGGCGGAACAUCAGCAGCGGACAGAGGAACCGCUCUUCCCGGAGAGAAUCCAUUAGGGUCGAACUUACCACAGACGAUGAAACCGACACCGAGUCUAUCACGGUCACUUACCCACGCAAGAACUCUUCCAAACGGAGCAAAAGAAAGCACAAGAAAUCCAAGCCAGCCAGUCCUCUGCCGGAGAAAAGGGUAACCUUCCGAGACAGACCACUCAAGUCCGCUCUCAAGAAGAGUCCCCAGUCGUCCUCUUCCGAGGCAUCCUCCGAAGAGUCGAGCGGGAAUGAGUCCGAUGUAGGUUCCAGCUCCUAUGAGAGCAGUGAUGAGGAGCCUCCGCCCAAGUCCAAGAAGAGCAAGAAGAAGGCCGAGAAGCCGGGGUCGACAGACAGCGCACCGAGCAGCACCAGCGGUGAUUCCGAACCUGAUACCAAGAAGCACCAUAAUUGCGGUUGCGCAUGUUGUGUAGCCGGGCUGCUUCUGCUGACGAAGAUGGAAGAAUUCUCCAAGAGCGGCAAGAGCAGCGAAGUUCCGUCAAGCGGGGAAGACAAAUCAGAUCAGAAGGAGAACGAAAAGGAGAAAAAAGGGGAGACGAAGGGCAACGACAACGGCAAUGGUAAUGGCAAGGGUGGCAAGGGUGGCAAGGGUGGAAAUAAGAAUAAUGGAAAGGGCGCGACGAAUGGGAAGGGAGGGAAUAAACGGAAGAAGGAAGAGACGGAGGAGGAUACUGAGGCGACCUCGGGUAAUGAGUCCUCUACAGCGGCUGAAACAACAACGGAGUCUGAGCCGGAAUCUAGCAAGGACGAGCCUUCAUCUGCAGGUGAGACGGCUACGGAAUCCGAGCGGGAGCCAGCAAAGAAGAGCAAGAAAAAGAACAAGAAGAACAACCAGGUGACUAGCAAGAAGAAAGCACAAGAAAAGGGUGAAGAGUCCAGCAGCGAGGAAGAUGAACCAAAGAAAAACGGGAAGAAAUCAAACGGCAACAAGGCGAAGGGCGAGGAUAAGACGGAAGGUCAAGAGAAAUCCGAGAAGAAGGGCGAGAUCGGAGAAAGCGCCGAGGACAAUAAGACGAAUGACGACGGAAAGAAGCCCGAACAAGAGAGCCAUCCACAUCUUCUCAUGCCUGCCCGGCAGCGGAACCUCAAGGUGGAGCACGUGCUUGAGAAUCCCGCCCGGGAUGCUCCUCCCAACGCCUACUUCGACAACGACCGAAACGUCUGCCGAGUGUACCACGGACCGUAUUGGGGUUACCCCAACAGCCACCCUUAUCCGCCGGGGGGGCCCACCGCGCCGCAGUACCCAGCUCCGGGCUGGGUACCAGUGCCUGGGACACAGCCAAUGCACGGUCGCCGAUCGAGCGGAAUUGGCAUUCCGCCAGGAUUUCCGCCGCCGCUACAUCGGCCUCCUCACACGCCGUACCCGGCCUGGCCGCAACCAUACGGGAUGUUUCCGCCGGCCGGGCCGCCACCGUACGGCAACCCAGCCGUGCCACCGAUGGGGCUCUCAGGGAUGGCCGGCAGCCCCCAUCUCGAGGCGCAGCUGCACGGUGGCUGGCCGAUGAGCCCGAGAUGGCAUAAGAGGGAAAACGACCAGGGGAAGUCGGGCGAUGGGAACAGGAAGACAUCGGGGGAGCACGGCAAAGGCACUGGCGUCCAUUGGGAUCAGAGCGGCUCCGCGUCCCAGCCCAACAAGGAUAACACCAACAGCAAUGACAAACAAGAAGCCCAAGACAACAAUAACAACGACGACAACGACGACAACAACAACAACAACAACGAUAACAACAACUGGGGUGCCAAUGACAACAACGACAUCACUAACUGGGGAGACAACAACAACGAUAACAAACCCAAAACCCCGUCCCCAAACCUCCGCCCCGAUCCCACAAGCAGCAUGCCCGGCGGCUGGCCCCCGAACAGCAACAAUAACAACAACAACAACAGCAACAGCAGCAACAACAACAACAACAACAACAACAACGGGAAGGGCAACGAUGACUGGGCUGCAGUCCCUCUUGGUGGUAACUGGGGCGAUCCCUCAGCUGCUCAAGAACCCCAAUGGUGA